AUGAUAUGAAUGUGAUAUUAACGGUGAUCGGUGAAGAGCGCGACCUCUGGCUGCGGGUCAGGGUUCAGGCGCGCGUCGUUGCCAUGGAGACCGAAGGCGCUGACGCUUCACCGAUCGAUGAAACGAAUCUGUAGCGAAUCAAAGCUUGUUUUUGUUCUGAUUAAAGGAGAAUCAAAGCUGACAUGCGACGGAACGCCUGAGGAAUGAACAAUUACAGAACCAUCAGGAAGAUCGGAGAGGGAACGUUUUCUGAAGUUAUGAAGGUCCAGAGUCUGAAGGAUGGAAAACUUUACGCCUGUAAAACCAUGAAACAACCCAUCGAGAGUGUGGAUCAGGCUCACAGUCUCAGGGAGGUUCAAGCCAUGAAGCGUUUAGGUCCCCAUCCCAACAUCCUCCAGCUUCAUGAGCUCGUUUAUGAUAAAGACACAGGAACGCUGUCACUCAUCUGUGAACUCAUGGACAUGAACAUAUACGAGUUUAUUAAAGGCCGCCAGUGUCCUCUAGCAGAGAGUAAAGUCAAGCACUACAUGUUCCAGCUGUGCCGCUCUCUGGAUCACAUGCACAGUCAUGGCAUAUUCCACAGAGACGUGAAGCCUGAGAACAUCUUGAUCAAAAAUGAUGUGCUGAAGCUGGCAGACUUCGGCUCCUGCAGGAGCAUCUUCUCCAGACCUCCUCACACUGAGUACAUCUCCACACGCUGGUACCGAGCACCCGAGUGCCUGCUGACCGACGGACACUACUCCCAGAAGAUGGACGUCUGGAGCACCGGAUGUGUCUUCUUCGAGAUCCUCAGUCUGAGCCCUUUAUUCCCCGGGCGGAAUGAGUUAGACCAGGUCAACAAGAUCCACGAUGUGCUGGGCACGCCGGACAUCAAGCUGCUGCAGAAGUUCAAACAGUCUCGUGCGAUGCGCUUUGAUUUCCCUCCUCGCAAAGGCUGUGGGAUUUCCCAUCUGAUCCCUCAGUGCUCUGCAGCUGCGCUGUCUCUGCUGCACCAGAUGUUGACCUAUGACCCCGAGGAGCGCAUUAGCGCCCGCGCAGCCCUGCAGCACCCCUGCUUCAGAGACCUGCGGAUGUCUGAGAGGAAAGCAGUGAGUCUGCGGAAGGCACUCGGAGCUGUAGAAGGAGAAACCAGCGGGAUUCCUGCAUCCGUGGAUCAGCUGUGGAGAAUCGCGCGACAGGGAAGACGACAGCAUCUCAAGCUCGCCAAUGACCCUCUCAGCCGACGAAACGCCUCGCAUUUCCCUCUGGAGCUACCAAAACUCAACGUGGUGGGCCCCACGCCCAGCAUCCCUUACCCAGUGUCCAGCUUCCCAGCGCUGACCGCUUCACACCGCGCCUCUCUGCCUGCCAUCUCCAAGAAGUGCCACUCUCGUCUGACUAAACCCAAAGAAGAGCCUCACCGUGUCAAGAGCUACUACAUGCCUCCGCUGGAGCGCCGUCCAGACGAGUGCUGACCACUGAAGACAUUCACACCCGCCGUCGUCUGUCUCUGGUUCCAGAGUGGUGGCUUCAACAGACCAAAAACAUCAACAGUUAAAUGUCACAUUACAUAAUAAAAGUCUUUGGACACAAAGAAACACGCAGUUUUCAAACCAGUACAAGAUGAUAUUUGCAUGGGUUUACUGGUUGACCAUCCGUCUCAGAUCAUCUGACCUAACCGCAGUUUAUUUGUUUCAGAUUGUUGAAAGCAGAUUCUAUAGAAAUGGGUGUAACAAAUGUAGAAUGUAGGUGUGCUGCUUUCCAUUAGACCCUAAGCAGACGAAUGAAUCUCUAAACGAGACGGAUUACAGCAGAGACAGCAAGUGCCAUUCCAGCUGCGUACUCCUGGUGUUACUCUACUUUUAUAUUUGCACAGACUUUCGUGAAUAUUAUGGGAUGAAAGUUAAACAGGACCAUGAGCAGCACUGGUUUGCUAUCGAGAGACAUUUCCACAAGUGGACUUCAUAGUCCUGAAUAAAGGUGUUUUACUGAA